AUGUUGGGAAUAGACAAGAAGCAAGAAAUUGUACAGGAAGUUGUUGCCAAAGAUAUUGGCAAUGGUAGUAUCACAUCAAUAACUGAAGGGUCACAAGAUCCUACUGGUAGCGUUGAUGAUCUCUACAUCGACCCCAAGGAAGAGGAUGCCUUGGUUAGGAAGUUGGAUCGCAGGCUAAUUCCCAUGUUGGCCUUCAUGUACUUCUUAUCCUCAUUGGAUCGUUCGAACAUUGGUAACGCUUACACAUCAGGAAUGAGAGAAGAUUUGAAUCUGACAUCCAGACAAUACUCAAAUGCUGUGUCUGUAUUUUAUUCGACCUACCUGGCAGCUGAGCUCCCAGCGGUAUUGGUAUUGAAGAGGGCUAAUGUCAAAUAUUAUAUGACCUUUUUGGUAUUUUCUUGGGCUAUAGUAACAAUGUGCAAUGGGUUCGUUCGGAGCCAUAAGUCACUUUUGGCGUUGCGUGUCUUACUGGGAACAUUUGAGGGAGGCUUUUUUCCUGCCAUGACAUUAAUUAUCAGUAUGGUCUACAAACAGCAGGAACAAGCAAAGAGAAUUGCAUUUUUUUUUGGAUCUUCUGCUCUUUCGGGAAGUUUCUCAGGGCUCAUUGCUACAGGCCUAUCCUCCGUCAGAAAUGCAGGAGGAUUAGAAGGAUGGAGAUGGCUUUACAUUAUCGAAGGGCUUAUUUCUGUGUUUGCCUCAAUAUGGUUAUUUUUUGGUUUGCCAUCAAACUUCAAUUCGCUACCAUUUUUGAAUGAGCGUGAACUUCAUCUUAUGAAUAUCAGAGCAAAACAAAGGGCUCAAUAUAUGGGCCCCGAUACCGGGUUCAAAUGGUCAUAUGUUAGGGAUGCCUUAGGCGAUUUUAAAACCUAUACGUCGUGCAUUAUUCAAUUCUGUCAAGAUACGGUGCUUUAUGGAUUCAGUACUUUUUUACCAGCUAUUUUGAGAUUAGGACUUGGCUACUCUAGCAUGCAGGCCCAAUAUUUGAGUGUUCCAGUAUAUCUUUUAGCAGGUUUUGUAUUCCUAGUAUCCGCAUUUUUGAGUGACAGAUUCAGAUUAAGAGGUCCUAUUUUCUUCUUAUACAAUAUAGUUGGCGCUAUUGGAUACAUCCUGCUAUUGGCCGUCGGCAAUAAUGCUGUCAAAUAUUUUGCCUGCUAUUUGAUAACCUUCUCAUUAUAUACAGGAACUGGGUUAAAUAUUUCCUGGCUUACAAAUAACGUGGCACCACAUUACAAGCGUGCCACUGCUCUAGGUUUGAAUCAGACAAUAGGUAAUUUGUCGGGUGCGAUUGCAGGUCAAGUUUAUACCCACUCGCCUUAUGUCCUUGGUAAUUCUUUUACCCUAGGUUGUAUUGUGGUUUCAAAUAUUUUGACUUUGGGACAGAUAUUGGUACUGCGCAAAAUUAAUAUGAAGAGAGAAAGAAUUUUGAAUGGAGAGAUCCCAGACGAUAAAACAGAUAGAAGAGGUGAUGAUGCUUUGGAUUUCAAAUAUUGUUUAUAA